GGUUUCCCGGAAACCUGUCAAUGGGUGCACGCGCCGGCUCACAAUAGCAGUGUUGCUACACCGUGUCGGAAACUCGUGGGGAAAAAUUCAACCAACUUUCUGUUCAGCUCAGGAUUGUCGUUUUUUGUGGAUUUGUAAUGUCUUUGCUCUGUUAUAACAAAGGUUGUGGGCAGCGUUUUGACUCCGACAACAAUCCGGAAGAUGCGUGCACUUACCAUCCUGGAGUUCCGGUUUUCCACGACGCUCUGAAAGGUUGGUCAUGUUGCAAGAGACGCACUACGGACUUCUCGGAUUUCCUCAGCAUCGCUGGCUGCACUAAAGGUCGCCAUAAUGAACAGAAACCGCCCGAGCCGGUGAAGCCCGAGGUGAAGACGUCCGGAGGGAAGAAGGAGCUGGAGGAUCUGAAACCGCGGUUUAACGAAUACAUCAUUCAGGCUCCUAAACCUGUGGAGUUCAUCCAGAGACCCAGUGCUGAUGAGCCGCUGGUGGAACUGCAGCAGAAAGUGUCUCCGUCCCUGAGACAGGCGCUCGAGAACCUCAAACUAGCAGAAACCAAUCAGAUUUCAGAGAAAGAGGAUGAGGGGAAUGAGGUGAAAAUCGGAACAGCAUGUAAAAAUGGAGGUUGCUCUAAGACUUUCUCUGGACCAGCAAGUGACGAGGAGAAGUGUGUGUUUCACCCAGGAGUUCCCAUCUUCCAUGAGGGGAUGAAAUACUGGAGCUGCUGUCGGAGGAAAACGUCAGACUUUAACACAUUUCUUUCUCAGGAGGGUUGCAGCACAGGAGCUCACGUGUGGAGGAAAGCCGACGGGAAGAAGGUGGUACCCUGUCGGUUUGAUUGGCAUCAGACUGCUAGUCAUGUGACCAUCUCCAUCUACGCUAAACACUCCAACCCAGAGCUGUGUUCCGUACGGGCCAACAGCACCACGGUGUGUAUCAGUGUGAUCUUUGAGGGAGAGAAGGAGUUUGAACAGAAUAUCAGUCUCUGGGGGGUCAUCGAUGUCAGCAAGAGCGUCAUGAACAUGAUGGCUGCCAAGAUUGAGAUCAUCAUGAAGAAGGCGGAGCCGAUGUCGUGGGCGCGGCUCGACCUGCCCCCGCCCACUCCUAAUUCAACCAAUGAGAAUAAAGAAAAGGAGAACGCGUAGAGGAAAGAGACUGAGAGUGUAAUAACUUUUAGAGAGCUAACUCGGAACAACACACACUGUAUUUCUGUACUGUACACACACACACACAGACACACACACAUUUCUGAUAAAAAUAGAACACAUACCAUACACUGACUAUGAAACAUGAUCUCACACACACACACACACACACACACGGCCUACUUCCAUUUCAUUCCUUCACAAUGUGUCCUUUGUCUUUCCUCUCACAGAGUGCCUGUGCUAGCUAAGUCUCUCAGUAACACACACACUGACACACACUCGCUCCGUCUCAUUUGCCCUUCACAGACUGCCCCGUUCCCUACACGAAGCUAGAGGGUACAGGAAUGAGAAAACUCAUUGUGGCAUGUUUGCUAAUUGGACAAGAUGGCUUCUGAAUAUUCAUAUUCACAGAAGCAUGAUGGGUAAUACGAUAAUGACUCCUGAGCUGAUUGGAUAGUCAACAUUAAGACGUCUGAAGUAUUCCUGAAGCUUUUACAGAUAAUAGAAAUGUCUAAAAAAAAAAAAAGGUCUGAUUCUGGGCCCUGCUGCAUUUCCAUGUGUCCUCAUCGACUCUCCCUUGUGCACUUCGUCACCCUGAACCCUUUCGGACGCUAUUUUAUAGACAAUUCCUUUACCACCUUGAGUGAAGUUCUUUAGAAGAAGGCUCAAGUUAAUGCAGCACUUAGCAUUUAAUUGGCUGUGCUCAAACUAGGUUUUAUGUCCUUUACUUUAUUUCCGGUAGCAAGUCAUCCAGUCCAAAACCACACCGUAUUCACUAGAGAGUCUAAAUGGUGUUCUUUAGGGUAUACACAACACUGGUGCACAUCUGUUCACUAUUUUAGGAGCUUUUCUAUUACAUGUCUAUUCCAGAAAGCACAGUGUAGAACAUCUAGUGUUGUCAAGCAAUCCCAGAAUGCACUGCGUAGGGUUUAUGUCUAUAUAAUGUACCCUCGAUGGUAGAGAAGACCCAUAAAAGAUGGACACGGAGAGAGUCAUGCAUAAAUCCAGUGCACCUCCUGAUUACGCCAUCUGGGUCAACAAGAGGCGGGGCUUAAUUUAAAUAUGAUUAGCCAAUCAGAAGCAUGAUCCUCACCUCAAAAAUCUACUUAAUGUUACUUAGCUUGCUUGAAAAAAAUGGCUAGCUACUUACUAAGAGUGUGACGAUAUGGCGUAUUAAUAUAUCGUUUCAUUCGAUACCAAGCUCUAGAUUUUUUUAUACCUCUGAGUAUUGUACAAUAUUCAACACACUGUAUAUUAAAGUCUAUUUGUCAUAAAAUA